ACUGUGACCAACCGCUUAAAGUGACAUAAUUUUGAUGAAAAGUUUGGUCUCAUUACAAUUUCAAUGUAUUUAAGUCUGCUUAUAAUGACAUCGCUUACAGUGACAUACCGCUUAUAUUAAAGUUUAUUUUGAAAUAUUUUGUAAAGUUAUACUGCUUAUAAUGGCGAAGCGAUUACUUGUUUGUUUUCAAAUUCAUUUUAUUAUGAAAAUGCUUAAGUCUUACUUUAUUGAGAACGCCAAAUCUCGUUUUAAAACCCACAGCAACGAUUUAGUUUUACAUAUAACCAGUAAUCGUUUGUUAGUUUUACACGAAAAUUAAUUCAAAUGUUCUGAAUUUAAAGCGAAUAAGAAAGUAAACGCAGGAGACUGUUAAAAAGUGUUUAAUUCAAUGGUUUAGUGCUAUGAGACAGAAAAUAAUGCCUAUCAGUGGUUCUUUGUUGAUGGAGAAAGCUAAUUUGUUUACUAAAGAAAUGAAUAUAAACUUUAUGUGUACUCUAAGUUGUAUAAGUCGAUUUAAAACUAGACAUAAUAUUGUAAAGGGCAAAAUAAGUGGAGAAACCGCGAUCGUUGAUAAAACUACUGUCACUGAUUGGUUAUCGACUGUGUGGCCAAAUUUACGUGAUAGAUUUUUUGCUGAUGACAUAUUCAACACCGAUGAAACUGGACAAUUUUAUAAAAUGAUGCCAGACAAAACUUUGAAGUUUAAUGGCGAGACUUGUGGCGAGAAGAUGUCAAAGGAUAGAUUAACAUUAAUGGUAGCAGCAAGCAUGAGUGGCACAAUAAAAAGAAAAUUGCUGGUGAUAGGAAAGUCAAAAAAGCCAAGAUGUUUUAAAGUUUAUAAAUCGUUGCCAGUAGAUUAAACGAAUAAUCGUAAAGCUUGGAUGACGUCAGCAGUCCAUCAGAGAAACUCCUACUGUAACUGAGGCCUUAAAAACAUCCGACUUAUUGGCCCAAUUUGUACACGGUAAUUUGGACAGCGAAAAAGUUAAUAUUGCAAUGUCUAGUGUACAUAAUGCAAUGACAAACUAUUAUUGUUUAAAUAAAGCA